CGUCGCUGACGGACCGGGGGGAAUCGGACGAUGGGCCGUCCAGCUGCUUAGACGAUAGACUUAGACGGACUGAAGCCACGGAGCUUCUCGCGGCUUUUCCCUUUCUGUUCGGUCUCCAGCGUCAGUCGCACAUGAUGGAGAAAGUUGUCAUCGUAACGGGAGCUAACAGCGGCAUCGGUCUGGCCCUGUGUGAAAGGCUGCUCUCUGAGGACAGCCAGCUCCGGCUCUGUCUGGCCUGCAGAAACAUGGAGCGAGCCGAGGCGGCCCGCGCCGCCCUGCUGACGGCUCACGGCGGCGCCCGCGUAGACUUACUGCCCCUGGACGUUGGAUCUGUGCAGUCAGUGAUCGGUGCUGCGGAGGAGGUCAAGGCCAGGUACAGCCGCGUCGACUUUUUGUAUCUAAACGCAGGAAUUAUGCCUAAUCCAACGGUGGACGUCGGAGCAUUUUUCAAAGGUCUCUUUUCCAGGAACGUGGUCAACAUGUUUGCAACAGCAGAAGGUCUCCUAACCCAGCAGGACCAGCUCAACUCAGACGGCCUUCAGGAAGUUUUUGCCACUAACCUGUUUGGCCAUUUUCUCCUGAUCAGGGAGCUGGAGCCGCUACUGUGUCAGCCGGGUCACACCUCUAGGUUGGUGUGGACAUCCUCGAGCAACGCCAGGCGCUCGGCCUUCAGCAUCGAGGACAUCCAGCACAGGCGAGGGAAGGAGCCCUACAGCUCCUCCAAAUAUGCUUCGGACAUGCUCAGUUUAGCGCUCAACAGACACAAGAACGAGCAGGGGCUGUUCUCCUCCGUCAUCUGUCCGGGCCUGGUGAUGACCAAUUUGACCUAUGGGAUCCUCCCCUCCUUCUUCUGGACUCUCAUCAUGCCCAUCAUGUGGCUGAUCCGGAUUUUCACCAACACCUUUACGCUUACGCCGUACAAUGGAGCUGAGGCGCUGCACUGGCUGUUUCUUCAAAAGCCAGAGGCUCUGGAUCCGAGAGCAAAGUACCACAGUCUAACAUCCGGGCUUGGGACCAACUACACUGAACCUCGCAGAAUGGACCUUGAUGAUGAAAUGACUGAGGUCUUCUUUUCAAAGCUUCUUGAGCUCGAGAGAGCAGUCAGAAGAAACCUUAGAGAAAAAAGUGCUGACGGCGAACAUUAUCAGCAGUAUCUCAAUGAGAUACAGUAGCAGUUUUUUGAUGCAAGGUUUCUCUCUCUGGAAACAUUAUUUUCACUGCUAUUCUUCUUACUUUUUACCAGAUCAAACAUGAAAUCUUUUUUAUUUUCUUGAGAUUGAACUUCCUUUACCUUAUUGCUGACACCCCAGGGUAAGAUGUGUAAAAAUAAAUGUAUAUUUUUGUCUGAUUCUUAA